AUGCUAAUGUAUCUCCUCGACAAUACCCAAGACCAACCCCUCCCUCCCUCUCUGCACGACACCAUCUCUCUGGCCUCUGACGAGGAGUUUAUUGAAAGGAACAAAGGGAUGCAGAGAGACCUCUUCUACAACACCCUCUCCCGACGUCAUACCAAGAAGACCAAGAAACAGAAGAAGCAGAAGCAGCAGAAGCAGGCUCUUGACCCUAUCAGUGGCAACACAGUCAAGAAGUCUUGUGUUACUGUCGCCUCCGAGACCGUCACCACCAAGACUACCACUACCCUCGUCGUUAAGCCUUCCGCCGCUGCCGCGGUCGAACCUUGCGCUGCCGUGGUCGAGCCUUGCGCUGCCGUGGUCGAGCUCGUCGCUGUCUUUUCCGCCCCUGCCGAGCUUGUUUCGGCUCCUGACCACAUUUUUGUGGGGCGACGACCUUAUGAAAAUAUCUCGACGCUUUCGAGUGUGCAUGGAACCAAGGAUGACAAGAUUACUUUGCUGGCGUGUGCGAGAACUGUACGACAGAUGGACCAAAACAAGUCUUACCACGAGUCCAAGCACACGAAGAACAAGUCGGUGGAGGCACUCCCGCCAUUGCUGCAGCAGAAAGCCGAGCCUUUUUUCGGUAGAGAACACAAAGGUGGCCGUCAAGAAGUCCAGCAAAUGCCCAAAGCCCACCCCGAAGGCGCCCACCUCUUCACUUGA